AUCUGGGUUGAGAGAGCGGCCGUCGCAGCCGCUGCUGAGGCGGAGACUUCCCGCUGCCGCCUCCACCCCCUGUGCCCCGGCCUCGCGGUGCUGAGGGCGGGAGCGCGCUGAGCCCUUCCCUCCGCCUCUCUUUUCUUCCUCCCCCUCUCUUCCUCCUCCUCCUCCUUUCCCUCCUCCUCCUCCUCCGGGUCCCCGCCCAGCACCCCUCGCACCAGGCGGCGGCGGCGGCGGCGGCGGCGGCGGCCGCCGAGGAGAGCGAGACCCGCCGCCGGGGCACAACAUGGCGGAGCCCUCGGCCCCGGAGAGCAAGCACAAGUCGUCUCUCAACUCGUCCCCGUGGAGCGGCCUCAUGGCCCUGGGGAACAGCCGGCACAGCCACCACGGGCCCGGAGCCCAGAGCGCGUCCCGGGCGGCGGGUGGCGCGGCGGCGGCGCCGAAGCCGCCCCCUGCGGGGUUGUCCGGUGGGUUGUCGCAGCCUGCCGGCUGGCAGUCGCUGCUCUCCUUCACCAUCCUCUUCCUGGCCUGGCUGGCCGGCUUCAGCUCUCGCCUCUUCGCCGUCAUCCGCUUCGAAAGCAUCAUCCACGAGUUCGACCCGUGGUUUAACUAUAGAUCAACACAUCACCUUGCAUCUCAUGGGUUUUAUGAAUUUUUAAAUUGGUUUGAUGAAAGAGCGUGGUAUCCACUAGGAAGAAUAGUAGGUGGUACUGUUUACCCAGGGUUAAUGAUAACAGCUGGCCUUAUCCAUUGGAUUUUAAAUACAUUGAACAUAACAGUUCACAUAAGAGAUGUUUGUGUAUUCCUUGCACCAACUUUUAGCGGCCUUACAUCUAUAUCUACUUUCCUGCUAACAAGGGAACUUUGGAACCAAGGAGCAGGACUUUUAGCUGCUUGUUUUAUUGCUAUUGUACCAGGCUACAUAUCUCGGUCAGUAGCUGGAUCCUUUGAUAAUGAAGGCAUUGCAAUUUUUGCACUUCAGUUCACAUACUACUUAUGGGUAAAAUCUGUGAAAACUGGAUCUGUUUUUUGGACAAUGUGCUGCUGUUUGUCAUACUUCUAUAUGGUUUCUGCCUGGGGUGGUUAUGUGUUUAUCAUCAACCUUAUUCCUCUGCAUGUAUUUGUGCUACUAUUGAUGCAGAGGUACAGCAAAAGAGUCUAUAUAGCAUAUAGCACUUUCUACAUAGUGGGUUUAAUAUUAUCCAUGCAGAUACCCUUUGUGGGAUUCCAGCCAAUCAGAACAAGUGAACAUAUGGCAGCUGCAGGUGUCUUUGCAUUGCUGCAAGCUUAUGCUUUCUUACAGUAUCUGAGAGACCGAUUAACAAAACAAGAGUUCCAGACCCUUUUCUUUUUGGGUGUAUCACUAGCUGCAGGUGCUGUGUUCCUUAGCGUCAUCUAUUUGACUUAUACAGGUUACAUUGCACCGUGGAGUGGUAGAUUUUAUUCAUUAUGGGACACUGGGUAUGCAAAAAUACACAUUCCAAUUAUUGCAUCAGUGUCUGAGCAUCAGCCUACAACUUGGGUAUCUUUCUUCUUUGACCUACAUAUUCUUGUAUGUACCUUCCCAGCUGGCUUAUGGUUUUGCAUCAAAAAUAUCAAUGAUGAAAGAGUAUUUGUUGCUCUGUAUGCAAUCAGUGCUGUCUAUUUUGCUGGAGUGAUGGUGCGGCUGAUGUUGACCUUGACUCCAGUCGUCUGUAUGCUGUCUGCAAUUGCAUUUUCCAAUGUUUUUGAGCACUACUUGGGAGAUGACAUGAAAAGGGAAAAUCCACCUGUCGAGGAUAGCAGUGAUGAUGAUGACAAAAGAAACCCAGGAAAUUUGUAUGAUAAGGCAGGUAAAGUGAGGAAACAUGUAACCGAACAGGAAAAAACAGAAGAGGGUUUAGGACCUAAUAUAAAAAGCAUUGUUACUAUGUUGAUGCUCAUGCUGUUGAUGAUGUUUGCUGUUCACUGUACCUGGGUCACAAGCAAUGCCUACUCUAGUCCAAGUGUGGUUCUGGCCUCUUAUAAUCAUGAUGGCACCAGGAAUAUCUUAGAUGAUUUUAGAGAAGCCUACUUCUGGCUGAGGCAAAAUACAGAUGAACAUGCCCGAGUGAUGUCUUGGUGGGAUUAUGGCUAUCAGAUAGCUGGAAUGGCCAAUAGAACUACUUUGGUUGAUAAUAACACCUGGAAUAACAGCCACAUAGCAUUGGUGGGAAAAGCUAUGUCUUCUAAUGAAACAGCAGCCUAUAAAAUCAUGAGGACUCUAGAUGUUGAUUAUGUUUUGGUUAUUUUUGGAGGAGUUAUUGGCUAUUCUGGUGAUGAUAUCAACAAAUUUCUGUGGAUGGUUAGGAUAGCUGAAGGGGAGCAUCCAAAAGACAUUCGGGAAGGUGACUAUUUCACCCAACAGGGAGAAUUUCGUGUUGACAAAGCAGGAUCCCCAACUUUACUGAAUUGCCUUAUGUAUAAAAUGUCAUACUACAGAUUUGGAGAAAUGCAGCUAGAUUUCCGUACACCCCCAGGUUUUGACCGAACACGUAAUGCUGAGAUUGGAAAUAAGGACAUUAAAUUCAAGCAUUUGGAGGAAGCCUUUACAUCAGAACACUGGCUUGUCAGAAUAUAUAAAGUGAAAGCACCUGAUAACAGGGAGACACUAAAUCACAAACUUCGUGUCACCAACAUUUCUCCCAAACAGAAAUACUUGUCAAAGAAGACCACCAAAAGGAAGCGUGGCUACAUUAAAAAUAAGCUAGUUUUUAAGAAAGGCAAGAAAAUAUCUAAGAAGACUGUUUAAGCACACUGUUCUGGCUCCAGACUUGAAGCAGUGUCCUUGUGAGAACCAGUCUUUGCCUUUAGCUCACGUCGUGUUUCACAACUGAGGGUACAGAACUAUAUCAUUGUCCAGGUUAACGUGCAAAAUUUUCUGGCAAUGCCUCACUUAAAAAAAUAAAAUUGGCUUAUUGAGAACAACUGUUUUUUCAAUUUGUAAUGUGAAGCAGGACAGAGCACUGCUGUAGAUGUCCAGCAGCAGAUUUUUUUUAUUGGUACAUAUUAUCCUUCAAAUCUGAGAAUUUGGACUAAUUGCACCAAAGAACCCUCUAAUUUGGUCCCUGGCACAUGCCUACUUGUCAAUGUUUUUAUUCUUUUACAGAAGACCUGCAUUUUGUUUGAAUUACCCAAAUAGCAAUAUGUAAAAUACAAAUGACAAAAUGUAAUGAGAGCUUCUUGAACCAGUAAACUAGUACAGGUCUGAGAAAGAGGUAUUAGAAAAGUUAUACUAUAUUUAUUUUCAUGUUUCUCCAGUGCAAAGAAUGUUUCAUCAAAUGUACAUCGUCUAUUGUUUACUGUUGCUGUAGGAAGCUGCCUUUGAAGAUGGACAUCUGAGUAGCUAGUUGACUGAAAUAGAUUUUUUGUUGAUACAUAAUUACUGCUAUUAGCAGUUGUUUUUCACCAGGUACUUGUAGAUUUCAUGCAUUGUUCAUUCAAGGGCUAAAUUUAUAUCCUUUGGAAAUCAUGGCAACUGCAGAGAAUGUUGCUCACCAGGAAAGGGGUUGGUACCUUAGAACUGAGAUUAGUACUGUCUGCAUGAAAGACUAAGGAAAACACUCAAAAUGGAUAGGUAUCCAAAGUUCAUUUUCUGUGUGUCUUCAAAAUGACAAAGGAUUUGUAAACUUUGCCUACAUUUUCCCCAUUUUAUAUGAGUUUCAUUCAUCAAAAUGAUUUUUGUUCUGUGCCCCAUAUUCUUAAGACCUUAAAAACAUUUGAUGAAACUCUUUAGUACUGUGUACAUUUUCUUACUUUUAUUAAAAAUGUGACAAUUGUCAAAAAUGCACUAAAAUAUAAAUGGAGAUUGAACAUGUUCAUUUUCCAGCUUAUAGACAACUUUAUACAGACUUGAAAAUUUUCUCCAGUUGUUUAGUAAAAGUGAAAGAGAAAGGGGUUUUCCUGCCACAGGAUGUAAACUUUUUAUAUAUAUAUAUAUAUAUAUAAAAAACAAGCAUAACACACCACUGCUUUGGGUGGAGAAGUGCAGAAUAGUAUGUACCUUUUAUGAAAAAAAUGUAAUUACAAUGUUCAGUGAGAAUGUUACUGCUGAUUUUCUUUUUCAAGGUGUAGAAUAUUCUUUGAUUUAUAGAAUUCAUUUUUGACCCAGAUGAAUGGUUCUUUUACAGACCAAUAAAAUGGCUGAACAUUUUCACAAAUAAAGUGUAACUAAAUCUGGAUUUCUGAUACUUUGUCAUUUGGGGGAUUUUAUUUUACUUUAUUGCUUUUAUUCAAUGCAGAGAAGUUGUUAGCUUAGGGGAAAUAAAAUUAAUUCAAAUUUUG